UAGACGUCUGAUCCACACUCUCGAAAAUCCAUCAAAAAACAUAAUGAAUUUCCAAAGUAACUUGAUUUUCGUUUUUGUAUUCUUGUGUUCCCAUCAGACAGCAUUUACUCGAUAUGCUUCGCUCAAUAUUGGCCUCAACAUUUCGGCACACUUUUCCGACGAAAACAAUCAACUCACCCAAGAACUUAUCCGAAUUUGCAUGAAAGAAACUCAACUCUCCAUGGCUGAUUUGUACCGUUUCAAGGCCAAUGAAAUCCAAGAAACAGACAUCAGUGAAUCUACGCAAUGUUUUGCCCAUUGCAUUUACGAACAGAUGGGCUUUAUAAAGAAUGGUCUAUUCGUAGACAAUGAUGAUUCUCAAAAGUCGGAUUUAAACAGUGCCACUGGAGGGGGAGAUUUUGUAGUGUGUAAGGCAAUUCGAGGCCAGAAUAAGUGUGAUACGGCAUAUAAAAUUCAUCAAUGCAUUCAGAAGGUCAAGUUCAGUGGAGCUCUGCGUGAUCCAACACUAACAAUGAUCUCAGAAACAAGCAGCAGUCCAAAUGAUGAAACCAAUGACGAAGACGAUUCCAGUGACAGUCAAAAUUGACAAUUAAAAAAAAAAAAACAAUUUAGAUCAAUAAAAGAAUUCUGAAAAAUGUUUAAAAAAAAAUCACAGUUUGUUCAAUAACAAGCGAAAGCAAUUAAAUUUGUUUGUAUACUUGAUUUUUGUAAUCUUUUUAUUAUGUUUUUUUUUUCAUGAAUAUGUGAUGCAGUUGAUAGCCAUUAUGAAUAAAACAUUCAUUGGAAUGAUUGAAGCGUG